AUGCAAUAAUUACAACUUUAUUUAUAAUAAAAGCAGUUAGAGGAAAAUUGUAUUCUUAUUAUUAAAUAUUUUCAGAGGAUCGAUAAUAGCAUUAACGUUUUGCAUUGUUAGCUUAUGAGUGUGAAUAACAAUUAAGAGAUUACUAACACAAUAAAUCAAAUACUUAUAUUGCCUUAAUUAAUUAUAUUGAUUCUUAUGGAUAUAAUCCAUUUGAUGGUAAUCUAUCUAAUUAUUAUUUUAGAAUAAUAUCUCAAUACCUAAGCUAUUGUCUAAUUAGAAAAUUAUAAUCAAAUCAAAUUUGAACAAAAUUUAUAAAUAGCAUUAUAAAUUGAUGAUCAAUUAUUACAAUAUUUUGAUAAAUAGCUUCGUUGUGGUACCAUUACUGAAGUAGAUGAUGAUGAAGAACUUAAUCCAGAUAUACAUGAUUCAUAUGUCUUUGAUCCUAUGAAAGGAUUAAAAUUAUAAAAAGAAAUCCAAUUAUUAUCAAAAUAAUCCAAAACAUUCAAAUGUCCUAAUCCUAUUUAACCUUAUUAAGAUAAGGAUUAUCCAUCCUAUAAAUAAUAAUACUAAUUCUCUAGUGUUAAAAAAUAAUUAAAAAUGUCAGAUUCAAAAUCUAAUUAAAAAUCUAAUUAGAAAUCUAAUUAGAAAUCUGAUUAUGAAGAUGUUUAAGAUUUUUCUAAUAGAUUUAACCAAGAUGAAUAAAAUUAUGAAUAGGAUCAAUAAUUUAAUGAAGAUUAAUUUUAUUAGAUACCACAAGAUACAUAAUAAAGGGAUGAUGAUUAAUAUGAUAUACCCUAAUUUGGAAGUUAUGGUAAUCCUAUUCAUAUAACAUUAUUCUAGAUUCAGUCACUUUCAAAUAGUAGCUCUAAGAAUAAAUCUAAUUCUAUUAAAAUGAAUUAAGAAUAAGCAAAUAGAGUUUAGAAAAACCACUCCUAUUCCAAUCACCAUUAAAACAAGAUCUAUUUAAUAAAUUUGAAUUGACACAUUCUAAUUAAAAUAUUAUCACAAGUGAAAAUAAAAAUGAAUUAAAUAAUUCAGAAACUAAAAAUAAUCACAAUUAACCUAUUAAUAAUCAAUAAUAAUCAAUUCUACCUUUACCCAUAAGUGAAUCUCCAUAAAGACUUGGUGGCUAAUAAUAUAAAAAAUAACCAUAAAUUUAAUAAGUAUCCUUGUUAGGUAGUUUAUUCACUCCUUAAGUUUUAAAAGAAAUGGAAUAUUUAAAUGAUGAUUUAUUACCAUAAUAAGAAUAUAGUAUACCUGUAUAAUAUUAAGAAAUAACUGUUGAAAGAGCAUUUAUAGAUGAAAGAAAAAAACAAUAAUAAUAAUAAUAAUAAUAAUAAUAAUAAUAAUCUUGUUAAUCAUAACCUUAAUCUUAAAUGUCCAUCUAAUCUAGAACUAUUGAAUCAAAAUAAAGAAAACGCACUCAUCCAACCUUUUCUCCAUUUAGAAUUUAAAUGAUGGAAGAAAUUAGAGAUGCUUUAGAAUCUAAACCAGUUUUGGAUGAAUUAAAGGAUGGUAAAACAUAAUUGGUAAUUACUAUUAUUUAUAUAUUCUAGUAUGUUAUGUAAUAAUUAUAAUCCAAAACAAAUGAAAUCUUUGAAUUCACAAUCUCUAUUGCAAAAGAAGUUUAAAGCAAAGGUUGGUUAUCAAAAUAAUCCAUUAUUAAAAUUAAUGAUUAAUAUAAAGAAUUUAGUCAUCUCUUAAUGAAAAAAUAACCUAAUGUCUAAUAAAAGUAAGAUAAUAAUUCAAUUGUUUAAAAAAUGUACUAAUAAAUGACUGAAUAUUUAACAACUCAAUUUAUUUAAUAGUUAAAUAUAUAACAAUAAAGCGAAUCUGUAUACUUAAAUGCUAUAUUUGCACCAAUUAUAAUUGCUAUUGCUAUUGUAGAUAAAGAUUUUCCAAGAACUAAUUCUAAAAUACCAAUAAUUAAUCUAAAAUUAAUAUAAAAGAUAUUUUAGAAUGCAUCAUAAACUGUUUAAAUUAUGAAAUAAUUUCCAAAAUUAUUGUUACAAAGAUAAAUUUUUGAAAAGGAUUUGUUUUUAUUUGAAGAAUCUCUUGAAAUAUUAUAAAGUUUAAUGUCUCAAUAAGAAGCUGUAACGAUUGUCUAAAAUAAAGAAUUGUAUUUAAUUAUCAGACAAUGUUAUGUAAUGUAAUAAUGUUUUGUAUUAAUGGAAAAUCUAAGAAUUGAGAAUAAUCAUAUUUUAUAAUUAAAUGAUAAUAAGAAAUAUGAAGAGUAAUGGAAACAAAUAGGAACAAGAUAUGCUUCAAAGAAGAAUAAGGAAGAUGUUUUAUAAAAAUAGAAUUAAGAAAUGCUUGAAAAAUUUGGUAUUGAUUUUUAUGCUUGGCAAUUAAAUCUCUAAAUUUAAGAGAAUGAAAUAAAAAAGAUAAAGAAAAUGGAAAAUGAUUAAUUAUGGAAAGAUAAAAGAAAUGAAAAACAAUUACAAAAACAAGCAAUUUAAAAAGAAAACUAAGAAAUAUUAAGAGAAAAUGAAGAAUAAUAUAAAUUAAAUUAAGCUAUAAAAGAACAUGAAAAAUAGAAAAAAGCUUAAGAAUUUAGAGAAAGAUAAUAAUAGAAAGCAUUUAGUUCUGUUAUGAUGAAAUAAAAGCAAUAGUGUGAAUAAUAAGAUAUGAGAAAGAAUUAAAGUUAAAUAAUAAAAUAGAGUUCAGAAAUUUUAAAUAUUUAAAAAAUAGAUCUAAAAAAUGAGAAAGAUAGUGCUUGUAAAUAUAGAUAAGAUAGGAUUAAUAGUGCAAGAGGGCAUAAAAAAGAAAAACAAACUAAUAGCCAAAAAAAAGAAGAAGAAGAGAGAGUUUGGUAAAAAGCAUAAGAAUUAUUAGCAAAAUAAAGCUAGCUGCUUCAUUAAAAAAAAUUAAUUCUUUAACAAUUAAAAAAUAAGUGA